CCCUCCCCCUUCCCAAACGGCCGCCGGGCUCACGUGACUUCCGCAUAGCCAAUCGCGUUUGAACUUUGGUUGUUCGUCCUCCCGUUCCCCCGCCCCGCGGCGCUCCUACGAUCAGACCGAUCUAAGAUGGCGGCGGUGGAACCGGAAACCACUCCCAACCCUCAGCCUUCAGAAGAGGAGAAAACUGAGCCAGCAGCACCUAGUCAGGAGGUUGCCAGCCCUGAACAGUAUAUUAAGCAUCCACUACAAAACAGAUGGGCACUCUGGUUUUUUAAAAAUGACAAGAGCAAAACUUGGCAAGCAAAUCUUCGUCUUAUCUCAAAGUUUGAUACUGUUGAAGACUUUUGGGCUUUAUACAACCAUAUCCAGCUCUCUAGUAAUUUAAUGCCUGGUUGUGACUACUCGCUCUUUAAGGAUGGGAUUGAACCCAUGUGGGAAGAUGAAAAGAACAAGCGAGGAGGACGAUGGCUAAUUACACUAAACAAACAGCAGAGGCGAAGUGACCUCGAUCGCUUCUGGCUAGAGACACUGCUGUGCCUUAUUGGGGAGUCAUUUGAUGACUACAGUGAUGAUGUAUGUGGUGCUGUUGUUAAUGUUAGAACUAAGGGUGAUAAAAUAGCAAUAUGGACAACUGAAUGUGAAAACAAGGAUGCUGUUACACAUAUAGGGAGAGUAUACAAAGAAAGAUUAGGACUUCCUCCAAAGAUAGUGAUUGGUUAUCAGUCCCAUGCAGACACAGCUACUAAGAGCGGCUCCACCACUAAAAAUAGGUUUGUUGUUUAAGACGACACCUUCUGAGUAUUCUUUCAUAGGAGACUGCGUCAAGCAAUCGAGAUUUGGGAGCUGAACCAAAGCCUCUUCAAAAUCGGAGUGGACUACAUUUAAAUUUGAUUUCCAUCUAAGUGUUGCUAAGAUUUGUGAGAAGUCUCAUUCGCCUUUGUCUUGUACUUCUGUGUUCCAUCUUUUUUUUUUCUUUUUUUUUUCUCUCCUCUAUUUUGGCUGAAGUAACCAUUUCCAAUCAGAACUUGAGUACACUUCACCCCUCAAUUCAUUAAUGUUUUCCUGGCCCACUCUGUAAUAGCUUGAUAGAACCAUUACUAUUACAAGGAAAAAAUAAUUGUUUAUCCACAGUAUUGAGAAAAGAAGUUGCAUUUCUGUACCUGCAGGAAAUUACUCUGUUUUACAUUUGCAUUGUAUGCAGUAACAUUUUGCUGGUUUGGAAAAAGUAUGGUGCAUACAGUUUUCUAGCAAUUUUUUUUAUACAGCAUCACCUUUGCUGUAAUGUAUGCUGAUGGCUGCUAGAUUAAUUUAUUUGUUUUCCCUAUUUGAUAACAUUAGUGAUAUUUUGAUUUCAGUUGUUUUUGCUCAUGUAACAUUUGGUGAAGAAUCUGGGAAUAUGACAAAGGUGGAAUAAACAUUAAUUUUGUGCAUUCUUUGGUAAUUUUUGGGCUUUUUUGUAACAUCAGAGCUUUGCUACAAAUUUAUGCAUUUCAGUCCAAUUGGUGAUCUGUUUGUGUGAUUUCCUAAACAUAAUUGUGGGGGUUUUUUUAAUGUAACACCAUAAUUUACAUUCCUUACUAGAAAUAGUAUGUCUGGUUUUGUAUCUUAUGCUGUAUUUUAACACUUUGUAUUACUUAGGUUAUUUUGCUUUGGUUAAAAUGGCUCAAGUAGAAAAGCGGUCCCAUUCAUAUUAAGACAGUGUACAAAACUGUAAAUAAAAUGUGUACAGUGAAUUGUCUUUUAGACAACUAGAUUUGUCCUUUUAUUUCUCCAUCUAUACAGCAAGUAUUUGUACCUCUUGUGACAAGGCAGUCUCUACUGUGGCUUCUAUUGUAGUGUCUUCCAAGAAAGAUGAAUUCUGGAGCUAUAGUACGUUGAAACUUCUAAUAAAUCUGUUAGCUAGCACCCUAAGUCACAGUGAAA